AAGAAAAUACUGGAUUACCAAAGAAAAAAAGUAUACAAGAAUUUUGAUAUUCCAUCGUCGUCUUUGACCGAUUUUAAGUUAUCAGUGAUUAUGUGUGUAAUAUCUUUUCUUUUUCUUUUUGAUCGUUGCGAGUUUGUUCCAUUUGAUAAUAUAAAAUAGCAAGAAAUUAUACGAAAUGAGACAUAUUAUAUUAAAAUUGUUAUGUCUUAUUAUUAUAUCGUUAUUAAUCGAUGCCAAUGGAAGAAUAUUAACAACAACUGAAUCAAGUGCUGAUUAUCUUCAAAAAGUUAUGCUGGAACUUAAACAAUUUCAUUCACCUACUACACCAAAUACUUACAUUGAAUCUACUGAAUAUUUAAAAUCUAAUAAAUUUCAACGAUAUAAUCAGAAUCAAAAUUACUCGAUUCAAAAUCAAAUUUCACAAACGCAACAAUACGAUCAAAUAAUUCGUAAAGACAAUUUUCGAAAUUCGAAAAUAUCGUCUAAUGAAAAAAUGGAUUUACAGCAUUCUGGAUCGAAUAAUAUACAGCAAUAUUACGAGGUUCGCUCCCCUACGCUUGUUAGUGUGGGAAAUUUAAAAAAUACUGGAUUAUUUGGAAUUACACGUGCGGAACUUGCAGAGAUCUAUAAAAAUGCAUUAAACAAAGGACCAUUGAUCAGUGUGUCGUCUUCAUCAAAUGUUCUUUCCUCUGAUAAGAAACCUCAAAUCAUAGAAACUCAUCUUGAAUUACCAGUUAGACAACCGGCGUAUCAUCAUUACUAUUUUUUUCCAUUAAAAACAAUUGAAAACGAACUGAACAAAAAUGACGAACAACACCACUUUAUGGCAAGCACACAUAAUAUCGAUAAUGUUGCAGAAGGUGCAUCUCAAAAACAGUUAAGCAAUCCACUAUUUAUAGCUGUUAGUACAUUCGUCAGUAUGGCUAUUUUAUUUAUGAUGGGAAUUCUAUUUUUACCAAAACUUCAUCAAUAUGGCAUUUUUUCAACAAGAGAAAUUCAAGACGAUUUUCUACACUUAACUAAUAUUGUUAUGGGUGCCGUUGAUAAAUUUGUAGACUGAAAUUUAUAUUAGCGUUUAGCAGAAUAUUUAAAUUAAAAAACGCAACAUUGUUACUAUAUGACAUUAUCGCAUAUCAUUUAAAAAUACAUUUUUUUGGAUUUAUUUUUACACGUUAUUAUAUUAUUACUAUCAAUAAAAUAGUA